AUGGUGGAGGCACGCAGUAAGCAGGAGGAGCCGUGCAGUCGGACUCAGGGUGGGGAGCGUGCGUGGAGGCAGGCACAGGGCGAGGGGAGUGCUGUGGGUGAAGGGAAUGCAGCAGGUCGUGUGAUGGGAGGGGCGAGAGAAGAGACAGUGGAGGCGGAGAGUAAGCAGGGGCGAGCAGGCGAGGGUGAGAGAGAGGGGAAGGAGGAACCGUGCAGUCGGACCGAGGGUGGGGAGGCGUGCGCGCAGAGGCAGCCCAAGCAAGCGAGUGAUGUAUCUACUGCUGGUGCUGGUGGUGUUGGUGGUGGUGCUGCCAGAGAUGUAACAGCAGUUGCUCUUGCUUCUGCUGCAGCUCUUAGAGAUGUAACCGUACUUUCUUCUCCUCCUCUUAAAGGUGUACGUGUUGCGGCUUUUAUGUCUGGGGAGAGAUCCAUUUCUGCAAUGACGGGUGCUGAAGAUAUUGCAGUGCCUGCUGCUGCUACCCAUGAUGUGACAGGAGAUGAUGCUGCCAACGAUGAAACGGGGGGUGGUGCUGCCAAAGAUGAAACGGGAGGUGGUGCUUCCAAAGAUGAAACGGGAGGUGGUGGUGCUGCUGUAAAAGAUGUAAUAACAGUUGCUGCUGCCAAAGAAGUAACAGCUGCUGCUACUGGAGCUGCAACAGCGGAACCUUCUGCCGUGCUUUGUGCUAACACAGACACCACCGCUCACACCACUGCCACAACCCCCACUGCCACAACCCCUACUGCCACAGCCCCUAUUGCUACAGCCCAUACUGCUACAGCCCCCACUGCGACAGCCCCCACCCCCACUGCUGCAGCCCCCCCUGCUACAGCCUCCCCAUCUCGUCGUCCCCCAAGCAUGCCUGCCUCCCCUUCUCUCCCCCCUCAAUCUAGCCCCUCCCCCUCACCCACGCACCUCACCCAACCAUCCGCACCGCAACCAACCGUACCCCAGCCGCAGUCAUCCCCCCCCCAACCAACCGCUCCCCACAUUAAGCAACCCAGCAGCGGCUCCUCCCAGCCUCCUGAGUGCGGCAGCGCCCCCCUGGCAGUGACCAUCCGGCAUGGGGCGAGGGUGGCGAGAGUGGCGUGGUGGGCGCAGCAGCAGGGCGGGCACACGCGUGUGGCAGGCACUGGUGGUGGUGAGGUGCGUCAAGGGGAUGUUGGGGGGAGAGACUGCGAUGGCAGUGGAGAGAAGGGGAGAGAGGGUGGGGGUGGCGUGGGGAGUGUUGAGGGUGAGAUAGGUGGGAAGCAGGAAGGGGGAGGGGGUGAUGAAGGGGGUGAGAGGCAGGUUAUCGAAUCAGGUGUGCAGAGCGGGGGUGGAGAGGGGAGGGGAGGUGAGGAGGAGGGGGGGGGUGGGCUGGAGGGAGGGGCGAGGGAGAGGAUGGGAGGGAAUGUGGAAGCAGACACAGGCGAGGAGAGGCAGUCACAGGAGGGUGUGGAGGUGGAGGGGAGGGGUGUUGACGGGUUCAGUGGUGUGACUGUAAAAGACAGUGUUUUCACCAUCAGCAGCAACAGCACGGAAACAGUGGGGUGGCUUCUUAGACACAUGGAGCAUGAGGGGGGAGCAAAUGGAGGAGGGGGGGUUGAAGGCGGGGAGGAGGGAGAGAGGAGAGGCGAGAAGAGAAGGUGUGGAUUAGAGACAGGUGAGGGAGGGGAGCAGAAGAGUGGGAAGACAAGUAGAGUUGAUGAGCGGGGGAAUAAAAAGGAAGGCAAGAGAGAGGAGGGCUAUGGGGUGACUGCAAGGGAGCAGUGUGGGUUGGCAUCUGAAGGAGGGCGGGCAGGCGAGGGGGGCGGGGAGGUGUGGUUGGUGCAUGUGGCCAAGGGGGUGCGCCUGCUGCACUCGCUGUGCGACCUCGCUACCCACAUGCCCCGCCUGCACCAGGUUCUCCUGGUGAGCACGAGUGUGCGGCGUCACAUGCUAGAUCUGGUUGUGCUGCUCACCGUCGCCCUCGCUGCUCCACACCAGCCUCCCCUUCCCUCCCAAGCUCUCAUUUGCGAGUGCCGCGUCGACGCGCUCACUCCACGUGUUCGCACGCUCUCACGGACGUUGCCAUCUUCCCGUUCCCCCCGGCAGCACCUCAUUGGAAAGAGCAGGGGCGGCGAAGGGUAUAGUGGCGAUGGCAGUGGUGGUGGCAGCGGCAGGGACGGGUAUGGUGGUGCACGGCGGGGCAGCAGCAGAGAAGGUGACGGGUAUGGAAAGGAGGGUGGCAGCAGGGCGGAUGCAGCAGCAGUAGGAGCAGCAGGCAUGGGAGUAUGGGGGUGCGAGCAGGCACAGGCGGCAGGCUGUUUUUGUGCUGCCACGAGUGCUGGUGGUGGUGGUGGUGUUGCUGAUGGUGCUGUUAGUGCUAAUACCCACAGGGUUGCUCCGGAUGGUAGUGGAGGGCAGGGGGUUGAUGGCGCAGGUGGUGCAGCAAGGGAAGGCGAAGCAGGCACCGGCAGCACGUGUGGGGCGGGCACUGGGGGGGAUGCAGAGAAUAGCAUGGCGGUUGUGGGUGGCAGUUGUGGCACGCAGGAGGCAAAAGGGGUGGAUGCAGUGACGAGUGUAGGUGGUAAAGCAAGGGCAGGUGAGGCAGCGAGGGCAGGUGAGGCAGCGAGGGCAGGUGAGGCAGCGAGGGCAGAUGGUGCAGCAGGCAAGGGUGAUGAGGCAUGCACGAUGGGGGGGAAGGCGGGAAGGGAGAACGUUGGAAAUAGGGAGGCAGCAUCGGGAGAUGCAGCAAUUAAAAAUGCAGCAGUGGGGGAGGCGGCAGUGGAGGAGGCGGCAGUGGAGGAGGCGGCGGUGGGGGGAGCAGCACUGUAUGCGGGAACGGUGGCGUCAUGCCUGUACCUGCUGCCCGCCUUCGUCACCCCCGACUGGAUCGACACUUGCUCCGUGCUCUCCCUGCACCCCUUGGUGAUCCACCCAUCGAUCCUCCCACCCAUCCCCAUCCCUCCUCCUCCCCAUACACCUACCCAUCCCUCCUCCUCCCCAUACACCUACCCAUCCCUCCUCCUCUCCAUACACCUACCCAUCCCUCCUCCUCCCCAUACACCUACCCAUCCCUCCUCCUCCCCAUACACCUACCCAUCCCUCCUCCUCCCCAUACACCUACCCAUCCCUCCUCCUCCCCAUACACCUACCCAUCCCUCCUCCUCCCCAUACACCUACCCAUCCCUCCUCCUCCCCAUACACCUACCCAUUCCUCCUCCUCCCCAUACACCUACCCAUCCCUCCUCCUCCCCAUACACCUACCCAUCCCUCCUCCUCCCCAUACACCUACCCAUCCCUCCUCCUCCCCAUGCGCCUACCCAUCCCGCCCAGGUGGGGGCCUUCCUGCCGGCGGCCUUCUCAGCCGUCACCACCGCCUUCCUCCUGCUGCACUCCCUGCUCUCGCCCCCGCUUGCCGCCUUCACACAUGCGGGCAGAGGGGUUGUUGGAAGGAGGGAUGGGGGGAGGGAUGCAGGCGGGGAUGAAGGGAGGGCAUGGCAAGGUGUGGAGUGGGGGUCGGUGCAGGGGGUGGUGCGGCAGUGCGAGGCGGCUCUGCAGGUGCUGCACGUGCUGUGCCGCGCUGAUGGGCUGGGCGCCCUGCUGCUGCACCACCAGGACCUCAUCCAAGGCGGGGCUGUCCUCCGCCUGCUCCUCUCUGUCCUCCGCUUGCCCCUCCCCGCCCUCCUCCCUCCGCCUCUCCCUCCUCUCCCCUGCCCGCCGUCCAACCCCACUCAUCCCUCCAUCUCGUCUCCCCUUCCCUCCGCCUCCCCAUGCGAUGGCCCGUCACGCCAAGCCGUGCCGCCAGAGGCCCUGGUGGCGGCCAUUUCUCGCUGCAAGAGCCGAGCCAUUCAGAUGUUCCUCACAGUCAGUGAGGCGGACGGCUCCACCUUUCUGGAUGACGUGGCAGCCAAUCCAGCCUCGUUACAGCUGGCGCACAGUGUAACAAAAGAGAUCCUCUCUCUCCUGCACGCCACUGCCAUCGCCAACGUUCACCUCACAGCCCGCCUCCUCUCCCGCCACACGCCCUCCUCCUCCUCUGCCUCCUUCCCCCCACCACACGCGCCUCUCCCCUGGGGGCGGCUGAGUGUGAACGUGCUGCGGGCGGCGGAGGUGCUUUCAGACGACUCCAGCUUCCGCCCCUUCUUCAUGCUGCAUGCCACUCUGCCUGUGCUCCACUCCCAGACUCUGCCUGUGCUCCACUCCCAGACUCUGCCUGUGCUCCACUCCCAGACUCUGCCUGUGCUCCACUCCCAGACUCUGCCUGUGCUCCACUCCCAGACUCUGCCUGUGCUCCACUCCCAGACUCUGCCUGUGCUCCACUCCCAGACUCUGCCUGUGCUCCACUCCCAGACUCUGCCUGUGCUCCACUCCCAGACUCUGCCUGUGCUCCACUCCCAGACUCUGCCUGUGCUCCACUCCCAGACUCUGCCUGUGCUCCACUCCCAGACUCUGCCUGUGCUCCACUCCCAGACUCUGCCUGUGCUCCACUCCCAGACUCUGCCUGUGCUCCACUCCCAGACUCUGCCUGUGCUCCACUCCCAGACUCUGCCUGUGCUCCACUCCCAGACUCUGCCUGUGCUCCACUCCCAGACUCUGCCUGUGCUCCACUCCCAGACUCUGCCUGUGCUCCACUCCCAGACUCUGCCUGUGCUCCACUCCCAGACUCUGCCUGUGCUCCACUCCCAGACUCUGCCUGUGCUCCACUCCCAGACUCUGCCUGUGCUCCACUCCCAGACUCUGCCUGUGCUCCACUCCCAGACUCUGCCUGUGCUCCACUCCCAGACUCUGCCUGUGCUCCACUCCCAGACUCUGCCUGUGCUCCACUCCCAGACUCUGCCUGUGCUCCACUCCCAGACUCUGCCUGUGCUCCACUCCCAGACUCUGCCUGUGCUCCACUCCCAGACUCUGCCUGUGCUCCACUCCCAGACUCUGCCUGUGCUCCACUCCCAGACUCUGCCUGUGCUCCACUCCCAGACUCUGCCUGUGCUCCACUCCCAGACUCUGCCUGUGCUCCACUCCCAGACUCUGCCUGUGCUCCACUCCCAGACUCUGCCUGUGCUCCACUCCCAGACUCUGCCUGUGCUCCACUCCCAGACUCUGCCUGUGCUCCACUCCCAGACUCUGCCUGUGCUCCACUCCCAGACUCUGCCUGUGCUCCACUCCCAGACUCUGCCUGUGCUCCACUCCCAGACUCUGCCUGUGCUCCACUCCCAGACUCUGCCUGUGCUCCACUCCCAGACUCUGCCUGUGCUCCACUCCCAGACUCUGCCUGUGCUCCACUCCCAGACUCUGCCUGUGCUCCACUCCCAGACUCUGCCUGCGCCUCUUCUUGUGCAUCUGCUCGCCCUCCCGUCGCCUGCCUUUGCCUCACGCUGGCUAUACGGCCCGCUCACGCGGGCCCUUGUGGCCCGAGAGGCCGACGCCUUCGUCCUCUUCCGCCCCUUCCCUUCGCUCGGCCUCGCCCUCCAUCUCACCCACUCACGCUCACACUCCCUCAACUGCUGCUCCUCACCCUUGCACCGCACCUGUGCUGUCGCUCCUGCUGUGCCCGGCCAUGGGGAGGAGAAUAGGAAGGGGGGUGAAGGGGCGGGGAGUGGCAAAUGUGGGUUGAGCGGUGUGGAGGAUUCGACAGAGACGCUUUCUUCUGGCCCAUUCUCGUUUUCUGAGGGAGGGCUUGUGGCUGUAACGAGGGCUGCUUAUAAGGAGGCAGCUGGGUCGAAAAGCCGCAGUGGCAGCAGGGGCAGUAGAGAAAGGGGGGUUGGUCCACGAGAUGGCAGAAGUGUUGGGAAGCUUCGAGGAAACUUUCAGUUUUGCCGAGUUGAUGAACAGAUGGUGGGAAGGAAGAGAAAGAAGGAGAGUGAGAAAAGGAAGCGAGGGAGUGAUGAAGGCAAGGAAGAGAGUGACUGGGCGGAGGGGGUGAUAUGGUUGGAGGGAGGGGAGGGUGGGGUAGCAGCAGAGGCAGACGGGGUGGGUGGGUGGGCGUGGAAUGGGAGAGCAGCGAAGGCGCAGGGAGGAGGGAGGAGUGGGGUGGGAAGGGGAGGGGGGGAAGAGGGUGGAGGUGCGGUUGGAGGUGCCGGGGGCGAGGGCGGGGUGGGGAGUGGGUGGCAGAGUGUGGUGCUGCUGGUGAAGCUGUUCGCCAAUCUGCACUGCUUUGACCCCAACCUCUGCCCUGGCGAGCAGCGCCACCAGUUCCUCAACCUCGUUGUCUCUGCCAUCCGCCACCAGGAACCUUUCUCGCCCGCACCUGGGGAGGGCGCAGCUGGAGAGGGCGCAGCUGGGGAGGGCGCAGCUGGGGAGGGCGCAGCUGGGGAGGGCGCAGCUGGGGAGGGCGCAGCUGGGGAGGGUGCACCGCAUGGGGGCGGCAGCGACGUGGUGGCGGAAAGGGAGGGGCAGAGGGGGCGAGCAGAGGCAGAGGCGGCAGUGGGCUUGUGCGAGAACUUGUAUUCACUCAUAGACUUCGCUGCCACCAUGCCCGUAACCCAUGUCAGCGAUGAUGACGUGAUCCUCAUCAGCUUGUGCUGCCGGUGUGGUGAGGUACAUGUGCGCGCAUGCUCAUGCGUGUGGCCGUCUGGUGUGCGUGCUUCCGCCUCCCACCACUCAAGCCAUCACCAUGCGUCACUCCGCCGUCCUCCCUCUCCCCACUCUCUUCUCCCUUGCCGCAGUCAGUUCGCCAGUGCCCUGCACGCUGCCAUCUGCCCCCACCCCUCGCCUCACCAGCACGAGGAUGCAGCAGUGAAAACGGUGGGGGAGCGGCACGGGGCGUGGCUGGCUGCUUUACAGGGGAGGUGGGACGGGCAGGAGCGGUGGCAGCGACUGCAGCCGGCACAUGAGGAGGAUGAUGGCGGGGAUGGGGGUGUGGAAGAGGCAUAA